GUGAAUGGUUGUCUGUGUCUAUGUGUCAGCCCUGUGAUGACCUGGCGACUUGUCCAGGGUGUACCCCGCCUUUCGCCCAUAGUCAGCUGGGAUAGGCUCCAGCUUGCCUGCGACCCUGUAGAAGGAUAAAGCGGCUACAGAUAAUGGAUGGAUGGAUGGAUGGAAGUUUUAGUUGGGCGGCACGGUGGUGUAGUGGUUAGCGCUGUUGCCUCACAGCAAGAAGGUCCUGGGUUCGAGCCCCGGGGCCGGCGAGGGCCUUUCUGUGCGGAGUUUGCAUGUUCUCCCCGUGUCCGCGUGGGUUUCCUCCGGGUCCUCCGGUUUCCCCCACAGUCCAAAGACAUGCAGGUUAGGUUAACUGGUGACUCUAAAUUGACCGUGAGUGUGAAUGGUUGUCUGUGCCUAUGUGUCAGCCCUGUGAUGACCUGGCGACUUGUCCAGGGUGUACCCCGCCUUUCGCCCGUGGUCAGAUAGGCUCCGGCUUGCCUGCGACCCUGUAGAAGGAUAAAGCGGCUAGAGAUAAUGAGAUGAUGAGAUGAGAAGUUUUAGUUGCAGUUGACAGGGCUAAGGGAUUUUCAGGUGACUCUCUUUGGAUAAAAUCUUGUAGUCGGUGGUGGCUCAGUGGACUCGAGGAAGAUUUCGAUUGAACUGCAUUUUAUUUGAGAAUGAAGCGCGAGGAUCACAGCCGAUACGACGGAGGUUCCGACCGCGCUUCGGUGCUUCUCAGUCCUCUGCUGGAUGUCUGAGCGCAGGAGGAGCGCAUGAUUUGCAUUCAAUUAUUUCACUCGUAUUUGCAAAUCGCAGAGUAAAAGGCUGAUCAUGACACUGGGAGGGCCAAUCUGCUCCUCAUCUCUCUGCAUGACUUUUGCACCUGGAGAAAAGGAUACAGCGACUGUCAGAAAUCAGCUGGACAGAGUGCAACAGUGGUAUCAAGGCCUUUGAUUGAGCAACAAUACACAAUGGAGCCCUCACAGCUCACCAACAUACAAUACCUUUGGAUUCUUCGUGAAGUUCAACUAGAGCAAAAGCAGCUUCUGGAGGCCCUGAUGCAAGCACAGGCAGAAACCCAACAGAUGUUCCAGACCAUCAUACAGAGAGUGGUAUCUGAAGCUCGCAAGAAAGCCGUCUUGCAGUGGUCGGAGCAACAUCGUCAGCGGUUUCGCUCCUUGAUCCUCAGUGAUGUCAGCAACCCAUUUGCAUUUGCACAACAGCUCCAUGACAACUGUCAGAAGUGGUUGCUGGCUGAGGAUCAAGAUGCCAGAAGGAUUGUAGAGCGGGUGGUAAUGGAGCAGUUUGUUGCCCAACUUCCAGAAGUAACAGCCAAGUGGGUCCAGCACCAACAACCAGCAACACUAAAUGAGGACAUCCAAUUGGCAGAGAAUCACCUGGGAUCUCUCUCUCUCCCCUUCAACAUCUAUCUGAGUGAAGCAAUGCUUAAGGCAUGCUGGGUGAAGCGGUCAGAGCAACAUCGCCAGAGGUUCCGCUCCUUGACCCUCAGUGACGUCGGCCACCUAUUUGUGCUCGCACAACAGCUCCAAGACAACUGUGAGAAGUGGUUGCUGGCUGAGGAUCAUGACGCUGGAAGGAUUGUGGAACGGGUGGUAAUGGAGCAGUUUAUUAACCAGCUUCCAGAACAGACAGCCCACUGGGUCCGCAGCGAGAAAGACAGUCCGACAUCGCCAUGAGAAACGAGCGGAUUUCCACUGGGCUUUUUAUUUAUUUUUGGUCGCCGCUGCUUGAAGACCUUUAAUAUUCACCUUCACUCCAUAAAAAGAAACGCCACAGAGUUUUAAACGAGGCUUCAUCCGGAUGGCUGUCCAUACAGCUGUGUUUGUUUAUUUUAUGGGCCAAGACUCUUGAAAUAACAACAAUGCAAUAUUCCGUCUGGUAAAAUGAGCUAAUUGAACAAAGUUGUCUAUUUCUUGAGUUCUUCAACAUAUUGUCAUUUAACCCUCCCCCUUUUGCGAAAUGGUACGGUCCAGAGAAGCGCGAUGCGUUAAAUCUGUGUGCUGAUCAGUGCAACGCUACUUGCACUGUAGCUUACAUUUCUCUGGCUGGCUGGCUGUCGCCCUACGGUCAAUUUAUGUGUCAGCCCUGUGAUGACCUGGCGACUUGUCCAGGGUGUACCCCGCCUUUCGCCCGUAGUCAGCUGGGAUAGGCUCCAGCUUGCCUGCAACCCUGUAGAACAGGAUAAAGCGGCAAGAGAUAAUGAGAUGAGAUGAGGUUAUAGGUCACAUUAAAGGUGGAAAAAGUUUUGAAAUUA